CAACGCCGGCGCGGAGGCGCCGCCCCCCGCGGGCGCGAGCACCUUCUCCGCCACCAGCGAGGCCGUGUUCGACGAACGAGACUCAGAGGAUGUGGGUCAGGAGCUCGAGGUCCGGCUGCACGGUGCUGCUUCCAGCACUCUCGACCCUGCGGCAGCACGCACGGAGGAUGCUGCGCGCUCUGCUUCGUCGCAUGCUGCACCGCCGCUGCGCCUUUUGCAGCUCGCGCAGGACCCCACCUUCCUCUAUCGCCAGGACAACACGCCGAGCGAUGAGAGACGUGCAGGCGGCAUCGGUGGCUGCACCAAGCCCACCGACAACCAGGAGAAGAUGCUGGAGACCCUCGGUGUGGAAUUGGCUUCCUCGGGCGUGUGGUGAGUGCUGCUUUCUUGUGGUGGAUGCAGAGCUGACCCGGCUUUCGUUGCGUCCAGUCCUGAUGGCGCCGAUGCCUCCGUGCCUCCUCUGCGCCGGCCCGCCGCGUCGAUCUCGUCGUCCGACGUGCAGCAGCCCUUUCGCGAGGCGGCUCGCGACGUCGAGACCUGGGCCCAGACCACCGGCGAGUCGUCCGCGCGAGACGCUCCGGCUCCGACGACCUCCGCCGUGGCCUUGCGCGUCGAGGCGGGCGACAUUGUCAUGCGCCUGAAGAACACCACCUGCCUCAUGGGGCCGAGCCCCAAAGCGCACGCUCUGCCCGGCCCGGCACAGCGCAUGUCCGAAGCGGACUGGACAGAGAAAUGGUUCCGCGCAAACGGCCCAAUCAUCAAUGGCCUGCUGGCGCUCACUGCGACAGCGCAGAGCCACACGUCGCCGUC